AUGGCGGAUUUUUUAGUUGAAGCAACGGGAGACCCAGGCAAAGACAUGGGAACACGGUGGACGCUCCAUGUGGACGGAGCCUCCAACCAGACCUUUGGAGGUGCCGGGAUCAUCCUGGAAAGCCCGAUUGGGGUCGUAUACGAGCAGUCGAUUAGAUUCGAGUUUCCCAUCUCGAACAACCAAGCGGAAUACGAAGCCCUCAUAGGAGGCUUAGCCCUAGCGGCAGAGAUCGGCGCGAGAAGGCUGGAUAUAUGCAGCGAUUCCCAAGUCGUCACUUCCCAAGUAAACGGUAGCUACCAGACCAAAGACCCCUUGCUACAAAAGUACUUGGAAAAGGUUAAAAGCUUGAGUCAAAAGUUCGAAGAGAUCACGGUUCAUCAUGUACCCAGAGAAAGAAACACACGGGCAGACCUCCUAUCAAAGUUGGCCAGCACAAAGCCAGGGGAGAGCAACCGAUCUCUCAUCCAAGGCAUGACAAGAGAGCCAGCAAUCACACUGCACGUAACGAGCCUAGGUUCUUCAUGGCUAGACCCCAUCAUCCACUUCCUAGAACACGGCCAAGUCCCUGGCGAUGAAAAGGACGCGGCGAAGUUAAGGAGAGAAGCGGCCAAAUACGCCGUCAUCCAAGGACAGCUAUUCAAGAAAGGGCUCAGCCAACCCCUACUGAAGUGCCUGCGCCCCGACCAGACGGACUACGUCCUCAGGGAAGUCCAUGAGGGCUGCUGUGGGCACCACAUCGGAGGCAAAGCCCUAGCGAGGAAAUUAAUCCGAGCUGGAUACUACUGGCCGUCGAUGAUGGCAGAUUCCAAAGAGUUUGUCAAAAGGUGUGUGAAGUGCCAGCAGAACGCCAACUUUGCCAGGGCGCCGGCCUCAGAGCUAAGCUUGCUAACGACCUCCUGGGCAUUCGCUCAGUGGGGAGUCGACCUCUUAGGACCCUUCCCGGUCGGCCAUGGGCAGGUGAUAACACGAUUCGGGAUACCGGAAGUCGUCAUCUCGGACAAUGGUACACAGUUUACUGACAAAAAGUUCACAGAAUUUCUCAACGGCCUGGGUAUAAGGCAAAGGUUCUCUUCGGUAGAACACCCUCAGACGAACGGACAGGUAGAGUCCGCCAACAAGGUUAUCCUUUCAGGGCUAAAGAAGAGGCUGGACAACAAAAAGGGUGCCUGGGCUGACGAGCUAGCAUCGGUCCUCUGGUCUUACCGAACAACCGAGCAAUCCUCCACCAAGGAAACCCCUUUCCGACUAACGUACGGGGUGGAUGCAGUAAUACCCGUAGAGAUCAGUGAACUGAGUCCGCGGUUGCUUUUAAAAGGAGUAGAGGAAACCGUGGAAAAGGACCUGAUAGAUGAAGCUCGGGAAAUGGCCCAUUUGACAGAAACGGCGCUGAAGCAAAGAAUGGCUCUACGCUACAACACCAUAGUGCUCAAAAGGGAGUUCGAGCCAAACGACCUCGUCUUAAGGCGAAAUGAUAUCGGCCUGCCGACCCCUGGAGAGGGCAAGCUAGCGGCAAACUGGGAAGGCCCCUACAGAGUCAAAAAGGUGAUGGGGAAAGGGGCCUUUAAGUUAGAAAAGCUUGACGGCAAGGAGGUCCCGAGGACAUGGAACGUGGACAACCUUAGAAGAUUCUACUCCUAG